ACUAGUACGAGAAAUCAGCAAAUCACAACCGAUUUCUCUUAAAUCAAAUCAUUUUUAAAAACAAGAUGUUGUCAAACAGCCCCAUUUCGUAUUUUGACAGUAACACAGAAGCAAUCGAUGUGGAGGAAGAUACCAGCCCUAGCUUUUCGGCGGGAUCGCCUUGUGAAAUGAGCGAAUUAGACUUGUUUGAUGGUCUUAUAACACUUCCUGAACAAAAUCAUUCAGAGAACAAUAACUAUUCUAUGGCAGUUCCUCUAAAAACUGCCCAAGAUACCGGGUUAUUGGGGUACAUAUCUGACAAAAAUAUGGAAAUCGUUUCAGUCGGUCAAGACCGAUUUCAGAAAGGAACCCAGUCAUGCAAAGAGUAUGCACCGUGUAUGUCAAGAAAUGCUGUAAUCGCAAGAGAAAAUCGCCAAAAGAAGAAAGAGUAUGUGAAAAAUUUGGAAAAUUCUGUUAAUAAAUUAGAAACAGAAAAUUCAGAAUUAAAAAAUGAGUGUAAAUCUCUGAAAAAGAGUGUUGGUGAUUUGACCUCAGAGGUUGAAUACUUAAAAGGUGUGCUGGCUAAUCAAUCUACACUGGCCACCAUUCUUAACAAGCUGUCAGAUAUUCCUGGUCUAGCAUUUUCAACAUCUUUCAAGUCCCCAACAGAAAAAAAUAACAAUAGUAUGCAGCCCCCAACUACACAGUCAAAACGCAAAAGGUGCUUAGAAAACCAGGAAAACGUUUCAAAAGUUAACAAUUCAGAAAUAAAGAAACGAAAAGUAACAAGGUCAUCCUUUAAACUGGUAGAACCAGCGGAAGAAAAAGAAAUGGAUACGAAGAAAGAUGGCAAAAAAGCUUUCCAUCCAGGAAAAAGAUUUCGGAAAACGUUUGAAUCCUAUAAACGGUGGAGUAUAGAAAAAAAUCUAAUGUAUGUGUCUUAUUGUCAUAUUUUUUCUUGUUUUACAGGUUUUUACAAUCAAGCUUUGAAAUCUUGAUUGAUCAUUCAUAAUAUAUAUAACUCCUGGGUUGCAUCAAUCUUUUUUUUUUUAUAUCGUUUAUUUUAAAAAAAAAUUUUUUUGAUAAACUGAUCACAAGGGGAGGGUCCUCUAAUAAAAAAAAAACAUUAUUACGAGUUAUGAAUUUCAGUAAAUCUAAACCUUGACUUAAGACAUGCAUAUCUAAUGUAUGAAUUCAUUUUCUCUUUCAGUUGAUGUCUCAUCUUAAGCUACUGUAGGCUUGAGAAGCGAAUUUUAUGUGAGAAGCGAUACCAUUUGUUGUCAUGAAUAUGUGACAUCAGAGAUGGAAGUUGACUGAUAAAAACAGAUGGAGAGGAUGUCCGCUGUAGAUAUUUAUAUGUAAAAAAAGCCUUCGGCAGAGAGGCCCAUUGAAAUAAUUGCUUAAUGCUUGUGAAUAGUGCUGAGGACAAGGGAAAUGCAUGAUGCUAGGUGAGCCAGUUUCAGGUAUAAGAAAAUAAGGUUAAAAUUAUACAUUGGACUUUCAUUAUCAUAUGUAAAUGUACAUGUAUUGUGUUUAUAAAUAUGAUGUGUCCAUUAAACAAUUUGAACAUUG